CUAUAACUCUUCAGAGUAGACUGUGUCAGCGAACCUAUUGGUAGCAGCUCGUCGAAGAAGAACUCACGAUCUGAGAAACACUUCUUCAAAGUCCACCACCGGUUUUUUCUUUCCUUUAAUAUAUUCAUACAAACUUUACUUACCAAUCAUAUCAUAUGCCACCCAUCAAUUAAAAAUACAAUUGUUGUUCAAUUCUUUACUGGAUCGUUCUAAUCACUAUCCCCCACAGCAAACAAACACAACAAUUAAAAAACAGAAAAGUCAGAGGAGGGUGACCUCAAAUCAUGAAAUUCAAGAUCUCUAGACAAUACCCAUUUGAGCUAUCGCCUUGAAUUCGCUUCUAAUGGCGAGAAUUUUGGUAAUGGUGGUGGUGGUGAUGGCGGUGGGUCUGAUGAUGAGUGGUGGUGGGUGGGGCCAAGAAAGGGCCCAAGAAGCCCCAUGGAGGAUCCACACUCUGUUCUCCGUGGAGUGCCAGAACUACUUUGAUUGGCAAACAGUGGGGAUCAUGCACAGCUUCAAGAAGGCUGGUCAACCAGGACCCAUCACUCGCCUCCUCAGCUGUACGGACGAGGCUAAGAAGGUUUACAGAGGCAUGGACUUGGCUCCCACUCUCGAGGUCCCUUCCAUGAGCAAGCACCCCAAAACUGGUGAUUGGUAUCCUGCAAUUAACAAACCAGCUGGAAUUGUACACUGGCUUAAACAUAGUAAAGAUGCAAAUAAUGUUGAUUGGGUGGUAAUACUAGACGCCGACCAGAUCAUCCGAGGCCCAAUCAUACCAUGGGAAAUUGGCGUUGAGAAAGGAAGACCCGUCGCUGCAUAUUAUGGGUACCUGAUUGGAUGUGAUAAUAUUCUUGCUCGAUUGCAUACGAAGCACCCUGAACUUUGUGACAAGGUUGGCGGACUUUUAGCCAUGCACAUAGAUGAUCUUCGAGUUCUGGCACCUUUGUGGCUUGCUAAAACUGAAGAAGUGCGAGAAGAUAGAGCUCACUGGGCAACCAAUAUAACUGGUGACAUUUAUGGAAGAGGGUGGAUCAGCGAGAUGUAUGGAUACUCAUUUGGUGCUGCAGAAGUUGGACUUCAACACAAGAUCAAUGAUAACUUGAUGAUCUACCCAGGCUACAUUCCACGACAGGGUGUUGAGCCCAUCCUUUUGCACUAUGGUUUGCCAUAUAGAGUUGGAAAUUGGUCCUUCAGUAAAUUAGAACACCAUGAAGACGAUAUUGUUUAUGAUUGUGGCAGGCUCUUCCCUGAACCUCCUUAUCCUAGAGAGGUUAAAGCAAUGGAAGCUGAUCCCAAUAAAAGAAGGGCAUUGUUUUUAAAUCUAGAAUGUAUUAACACUCUGAAUGAGGGCCUUCUGUUACAGCAUGCAGCACGUGGCUGUUCUAAGCCGAAGUGGUCAAAAUACUUGAGCUUUUUAAAGAGCAAAACUUUUGCUGAAUUAACUCGGCCGAAGCAUGUAACUCCUGAGAGUCUGCAAACAAAAGAGGAUGAGGUACACCAGCCGGCCUUUGGUGAAUCUGGGAGGCCAUAUCCAAAAAUUCACACCAUUUUUUCCACAGAAUGUAAUUCGUACUUCGAUUGGCAAACUGUUGGACUUGUCCACAGUUUCCACCUGAGUGGCCAGCCUGGAAAUAUCACAAGGCUUCUCAGCUGUACUGAUGAAGACUUGAAACAGUAUACAGGACACGAUCUGGCACCCACCCAUUAUGCCCCUUCCAUGAGCCGGCAUCCAUUAACAGGCGAUUGGUAUCCAGCAAUCAAUAAACCUGCUGCAGUGCUUCAUUGGCUUAAUCAUGCGAAUAUUGACGCAGAGUUCAUAGUAAUAUUGGAUGCUGACAUGAUCAUGAGAGGACCGAUUACACCAUGGGAGUUCAACGCAGCACGUGGCCAGCCAGUUUCAACUCCGUAUGACUACCUCAUUGGCUGUGACAACGAGCUUGCAAAAAUCCACACGAGCCAUCCUGAAGCUUGUGACAAGGUUGGUGGUGUAAUCAUAAUGCAUAUAGAUGAUCUCAGGAAGUUUGCGAUACUAUGGCUGCAUAAAACUGAGGAAGUCCGGGCUGACACCGCACAUUAUGCCAGAAAUAUUACUGGAGAUAUAUAUGAAUCUGGGUGGAUUAGUGAGAUGUAUGGUUAUUCCUUUGGUGCAGCAGAGUUGAAUUUGCGGCAUCUCAUAAACAGUGAGAUACUGAUAUAUCCGGGGUAUGUUCCUGAACCUGGUGUCAAGUAUAGAGUUUUCCACUAUGGUUUGGAAUUUAAAGUUGGAAAUUGGAGCUUUGAUAAAGCAAAUUGGAGAAAUGUUGACUUGGUGAAUAAAUGUUGGGCUAAGUUUCCUGACCCUCCUGAUCCUUCGACACUUGAUCCAACUGAUGAGAACUCGCUACAGCAGGACUUGCUUAGCAUAGAAUGUGCAAAGACGAUGAACGAAGCUCUACGUUUACACCAUGAGAAGAGGAAAUGCCCUGAUCCCAGUUCCUUUUCCACCUCAAAUUGGAAAACAGCCAAGGAAGUUACAACUUCAAGGAAAUUUGGCAAUUUUAAUGGCAGUCAUGUUACAAGAAGUAACACAUUGCGGAUGAAUAAUUCACAAGAAUCAUCAUUGCCUGCUGUGACAAGCCAGACAUUUAGUUCUUUGCGGUUUUGGAUUGUUACUCUAUGGGUUUUUUCUAUCUUCGGUUUACUGGCAGUAAUAGCUAUGAUGCUUUCAGGCCGUAAAGGACAGAAGAAAAGAGGUAAAACUCUUAAGGCCAAAAGAAAACCCUCAAAUUCAGGAUUCCCAGAUAUGAAUGGUCAUGAUUGGCAUCACCGCACUGCUGAAAGAUCAUCAUAGCAACCCUAAAUUCCUGGCGAGAACAAGGACACAAUAUUCUGCAGGUGGAACAUGACAGAACUGGAAAGGGUACCAAAACAAACACGGGGAAAUUCAUUGGAACUUGGAACACGGCUUCUUGAAAUGGAAGAGAACUAAGUUCCUGUACUGUUUGGAAUUGGGCAGUUCAUGUCAAACUUUCAUCAAAUGCCGUAUACCCAUUUGAUAAUCUUCCAAUUUUCAGUAUUUAUUGACUUAGAUCGAGUUAACUUUGAGAUUGUAAUCUUUUGCAUAUAGCGGAGCAUGGCAAAGGGUCUGGAUUGAAGAGCAAUAAAGGCUUGGAAUUGAAAAUCUUUGUCUGUAACUUUCAUUUUUUCUUCACUGCAUUCUGUUCGGUUCUGUUCGAAAUUUACUAAUCUAUAAUUCUCUCCAUUAUUCCGAUGCUUUUAUAACAUUUUCCUUUUUUCA